AUGAACGUAAGACAAACUAAGCGGACUGAUGCUGGUGAACCCACUGGCCUUCGUCUUCAUCGAGGAUUGCGGCCAUUUUGGGUGAUCAGGUUUCUGCUAUGGCUGGAUUCACUUGGAUCCAUAGCCAGGAAAAUAUUGCAUCCACUUCUGAAAUUUUUUUACAACAAUAUCAUUGGUCUACGACUUGAUUCUGGUGAACGGGCAAUGAUGUGUACCCGCGUGCUUAUGGCGUAUUCUGGCAAGGAUUUCCUCAUUGAGACGAGUAUUUCCCGAGAGCUCGCGAAUUCGUUCAAAGGUCAUAAAGAACUG